GGCGCGGCAGGUACCCAGUCCGUGGAUGCGUGGAUGGGAAACGUGGGUGUGGGCAGUAAUCUUCAAAACUGCUUCAGCGCCCGCGUCACAGCACAUCCUGCGCUCCCCUUUCCCUUCCUUCCCCCCGCCAUAGAGCAGUCAAGAUGCUCGAUUCCACCGUUUGAGAGAUGCAGAGCGACUCGCUGUAGUCUGCUUGAGCAUCUGGUUGACAGGUCGACGACUCUUCUCUCCUCAUCAUCUCAUGGUUUCCGUCUAGUCCUUUGCGCACUGCUCUGCUGUUCGCCUCGUUGUGACCGGGCCCGCUCAGAACCUCUCCUCUCAGUCCUCUUCUCUCCUCCUUAUUGCCAAAUACCAAAUACCCUGUCCUGUCCCUUCCCCGUCUCCUUGUGCGGCAUUCAUUUGCUCCUGCGAGGACAAAGGAAACAACAACAAAAAAAGUCAGGCCAUCCACCGAAAUUAAUACCUUCUCGCCCGUGUGAUCGACUCACUCUUCGCCCGCCUCCCUUACUUGUCUUUUCAUUCUGUCCCAGCCGGGGCUUGGAAGCCGAGCCAACAAGAACGUCUUCUCUUUUUUUUCUGGGGGUGCUGCUGCUGCCCGGUGUUAGUCAGUCCUGGAGAGUCGGCCAAGGAUCCCCAGCAUCUCCUGUUUCGGACUCCCCUUUGGAGUCAGUCACAGCCCAAGGCCCUACGCACGCCCUGCGCACUCGCCACACAAGCCCAGCAAAGCCCAAGCCAGGCCCAAGACCUCAAAGACCCAUUCUCAGGCUACCGCCUUCGCCCCCCAGCCCGUGUGACACUACAGGUCACUCUAGCCAGGUAGGUUUCCUCCGCCCUCCCGUUGGCUCCCCCCCUCCGGCAGUACACGCCGCAAGCCCAGCCCAGCCCAGCCCAGCCCAUCCCUCGGACAGCCCACGCGCAACACAACCCCUGCCUGCCCUGCCUACCCUGCCUACCCAGCCUACCCAGCCAGCCUACCCAGGUACCAAGGCCCAAGCCUGCCUCUCUCUCCCUCUCCCUCAUGGGCGGCAAAGGCCGGUUGCAUAUCCACCCACGCCGUCUUCGCCACUCUCCCUCCUAUCACACGUCCGGAAGAGUCAUCGAGAGACACGUAAAACGGCACGCCCACCUGCCACAACCCGUCAUCGUGGCCAUGGAUACCUAAACCUCAUCAAUGCCCGGAGUGACCAACACACUGCCUGGCAGAGAAUACACCAUCCCCAUCAUCCUCACUCAUAUCCCGUCCUACAACCACCCAUCGUCAUACUCAUCCCGUCUCGUCACCUGCCCUCCUCGCUCAGCCUGGCCUGCCACUGCCUAGAGCUGAGUCUUCCUUCUCGCCGGGCUUGCUAGGCUCCGGUCCUCGCUUUGAACACUCCCUUUCUCUUUGUGCCUUUGCCUCCCGGACAACAAGCAGUUACUCAUGAUUCAAUAACAGCGCCGUCUGAUGAUAUCCAUUUAAACCCACUUCUCUUCCUCUUACUCUCGACGGCAUGACAUCGCCAGCAAACGGCGACUGCAGACGAAAUACCGAAACCUUGCGGACCUCUUCAUCCUCUCUCGUCUAGUCGGACUCGGCAUCCACCGGCCAUCCCUUUUGGAACACAGCCUCGCCCACUCACAACUCCACCAAUCCUACUACACCAAUUCCGACUAGUAAUUUUCACGUGGCACACGAUGGCUUCCGCAUAAGGCUCUCUUGUUGGUUAGAUAUUGCUUGCGACUGGAAAACCCAGAGGCUCUAUUCGCGCUCGAAAUAGCCCGACGACGUUCCUCCCUCUUUUCCUCCGCCCAACUCAAAUCAAGAUGAAGCCUGCAGACGUCGACUCGCCGGUCUUCGUCCCAGCCUACCGAAAUGUGUUAUAUACUUCUUCGCUAGCCUCCUCCGCAACGGCCUCCUCGGUCUCGGUAUGUUCUGACGCAUCGUCUCAACUAUCCGCCGACUACUCCACAGCUUCCUCUUUUACCGAAUACUCGGACUCUCUACCUCAGUCCCGGCCAUCUCUCUCUCAGCAGAGCUCUUGUGCCUCCCUGAGGUCCACGAGCAGCAUCCUGCCCCAGGUUCUGCGACAAAACCCCCGGCGGACUUCCAGCGGUGCGACAUCCCGAUCCGGCUGCCCACCCCCGUUGGUCAGACAGGUUGAGAGGAAGCACAACUUUGUCGACAAUCUUGUCGAUUCCUCCACUCAAAUCGUCGAGGCCAUCUGGCCAACGUCCUCUGUGGUAUGCCGCGAGGAGACCAGCAACUCGAGCGUCUUGCCCCUGCGAACCUUCAUCCAGGAGACCUUGCGCCGUUCUCGGACGAGCUACUCGACUCUGCAGGUCGCACUUUAUUAUUUAGUUUUGAUCAAGGACCACCUCCCAGAUCGCGACUUCACCAUGGAACAGACAGAUGACUGCCAUGUCAGUCGCGCUCUGCAGUGUGGCCGCCGAAUGUUCCUUGCGGCUUUGAUUCUGGCCUCAAAAUACUUGCAGGACAGAAACUAUUCGGCCCGCGCCUGGAGUAAGAUCUCAGGACUUGCCACGCACGAGAUCAACCAGAACGAGAUGGCUUUCCUUCUCGCGGUCAACUGGAACCUCCAUGUCACCGAGGAAGUCUACAACCGCUGGACUGACUGUGUCAUGAAGUACACGCCGUCUCAGCCGCCAUCGCCUGGAUCUGGUGUUGCCCUCGUUGAAUUUGAGCAUCAAUGCGAGGACUUUAAGAGAAUUAUACUUCAGUUGAAUGCCGACCUGGACAAUUUGGAAGACAUUGUGUCAGCCGGUGGAUUUACUCCUGCGCCGUCUAUGAGCCCAAGAUCACUAUCGCCGCGAUCUGUCCUGGCUGCAGCCCAGGACAGUCCGAGGCGAUACGAUUGUGCCACACCGACGCCGAGAGCAUACACUACUCUGAACACAAUGGAACCCGCGCCGUCACCGGCUCACACUGUCGUGCGACUGCCGCCAACUUUUGGUCUGCUUCCCACCCCGCGUCUCACCCCACAGCCCAGUGCUGCCCGUGAGCCCUCACCCGGACUGGCAAGCCUGUCAUACUGCUUUGGCAGGAGCUCUUCCAUGAGCCUGGCAAUGGGCGCAGCUAGCAACGUGCAGACGGAGCGGUGGCCAAGUACGUCCUCACCGCAGAACUACUACACGGCAACCCGCCGGUCUUCUCUCGCCAACUCGGUCUCUACACCAUCUUCACCUGAGUCCAUGAUUUCGGACACGUCACGGACGUCUCGCUCUUCCUCAAUCUCAUCGGCGUCAUCGCUUACCAGCGCGCCGCACACCAAGCUGGAUGUGCUGGCGCGCUGCCGUUCUGCGAAGCUGUGCAGUGAGAGGUAUGCGUCGAGGCCUACGAUCGCGUCUGUACCCGAAGAUUAUGAAGAGACCAUGACUUCUUCCCCGGAGUCCUACACUGGACCGGUGAGCAAUGACUUGAGAGGCAUGUCGUUUGAGGCGCUUGCAGCAAAGCGAGAAAGCGAGGUUGAUGAUGCCACCAACGACGCGGCUCGAGCCCUCCAGGAACUGCAUGACAACUGGCGCCGUUCGCAUGCUGCGCCUCCGCCGGCGACCUCCGCCCCCAAGGUCGGUUCCAAGCGAAGUCGACCCGUCUCAGUCGAUCACGGCCUGCAGGAUCAUGUCCGUGGGAUGCUGCGUGAGCAAUAUCCUCCGGCAGGCUCUGAUGAAAGCUACCAGGUGUCGCUUCCAACGUCGUCACACGAUGCCCGAAAGCGGAUUUGUUGCUCAGCAGAAGCUGCGCAGUAUAGCAUCCCGUCUAUGCAUCCUGCCAUGGGGGGUCUUGGAGGACCAGGGAUGUGGCAGGGGAUUUUGAAUUAAAUGAUGACUUACCAGCUCAUCGCCAUACUACCAUCACUAUCACUUAUAUUUUCUUUUUCUAUUUUUUUCCCUCACUAAAAUAAUGUGGAUCAUCAAAUACUGUGCGUCGGCCGGCUGGGAGGAGGACUUGAUACCAUCGCCUUUCGCAGCAUCCAAAUCCAUAGAUCAUUUGGAUGGGCUGUCAAGGGCUCGGGGCUGAAAAGCGCGCCGUUGCGUUUUGCAUUGGGAAGGUGUCAAUUUGGGCUCAUCUAGUAGGAAUCCUGCAUGGAAUGGAAAUGGGUGGUUGAACUGUGUACGAUGAAGUGUGAAAUAACUCUUGCUUUUCCUGUUUGAGCAAUCAUCUAUCUGGCGGAGUUGAUGGCUUGUAAUUGGGAAGAGCAGCGUCUUGUGCGAGGCGUCCGGACGGGGUACGCUCUCUCGACACAUUUGUCGGGACACAUCCUACGGCAGGGCAAACGAGAGAAGACUGGACGGGAAGGAAGCGCAGAGCUGCGAAAGCAAUAGCAAGGCAGCCAGCUUCGCUGACGAACCCCCUGAUAUCUCGAGUUCUCCUGUCGAUACGCAUGACGAAAGCCUGCACUGGACAAGAUGAGACCCGAUCAAAUACUCCGCGAUUUCCUUCAACAAAAGGCCAUCUCGAGAGCGGUCGGUAAUCAUCGCCAUGGCAGCAACAGCAUCGAUAGCAUCGAGCUUCCGCCGUUUGCUACCCAGCAGCAGAGCAGAACAAUUCAAGAUUUAGGCAAAAGACAACCUUUCAAAACUUGAGGUCUUAAUGAGUCCCCUUGAAUUCCCAACGCUGCUACUCUCCGCAUCUAUAACACCGCGGCACCUUCUUCGGAACUGGUUCGAGCAAGCUGAUGAUCGGAGCCCGGAAGAGACUCUCACGCACCCCCAAUGCCAACAUCACCAGACUUGCACACAACUACGAUGUAACACAUGGUAAGCAGCAAACGCAGGUGCUCGCGGCCCGCACUGACAGUCCAGAAUUUUGAUCCCUACCCGAUCAUACAAACAUCCAGCCUGUGGUCUGUCCGGUCAGGCGGGCGUGCUUCAUCCUAGGCAUCGCCGUCCGCCACACUUGGUAUGCCGAGUGAGUCAUCCCGCCCAAAAUCACCCCAGCCUCCGUGAUAGGACAAGUGGGAGCGCCCACCCCUCACAAACCGAGUGAAAACACUGGCUCGGACCAUAGUGGCGCCCGCAACACCCUUGUGCCCUUCUGUUGGUUUCGAGUCCUUGUAUCUGAGGUGGUGUUGGAAUCAGCUGACCGCGAUGGCGCUUCGAAUUUAUUUGGCUAUCAGCACCAGCGGCGCACGAGUGGGCAAGCUCCGGAUUCCGCUCGUUUGUCUCCCAAAGUUUCCUUCAAAAAGAGGUAUGUUCCCCUAGAAGCUGAUCUCCGGACAGAACGCUCUUGAUACAUUCGGAUGAAGAGAUCCCCGAAUACCGCUGUAUUAUUCACGUGGAUCCCACUGCGUGGGUGAGAAUUACGUAGACACGUGAAAGGCUCUUGAUCGUCGGAGUAUCGUCGCGUCUCUUUGCCUCUAAUUUGUCAGCUGAUUAUUGUACGGAUGAGCAGAAUGUGUGGGUCCGUCCUCGAUCCUCCAGCCCGGAUCUCUGGCAGGAGGAAGCUGUUCGAAACCUAAGUCCUCUCGUAGUCGCAGGCAGUGUGGCGUGCGUCAGCGAGACUCGGAGUGCAUGUCAGAGAGGCAACGAGUGUUGCAGCUGUGUUCUGCCAGGUUUAGCGCUCUCUUAACCUUGGAAUGUCAACAUACUUCGAUGCGCACACAGUUCGGGGGCGUGAUGUACCAGGAUAAAUGCUUGGCUUCACAAUAAGCAACCUUAGUUGGAAACCCUAGCUUGGUCUGCCAAACGGUCACCAGUAUCAAACCCACGCCUUCAGGUUGUGGAUAUUCUCCUCUUGGCUUAACUACCAUGGUUCCACCCUGUGCCGUAAGCACGAUCGCAUUGCGGAGUAUCUUCACUUGGCUGCAUCCGAUGGCCCGGGCAUGGCUUUCGUGUGAAUUCUACCUGGGCAUCCUUAUUCCUCCCCGCUGCGUGUCAGACGGCUUGUAAGCAUGAUCUGGCAAGGUUCUCAUCACAGGUUGUGGGGAGGGGGCGCGCAACAGCUCAUGGGCCAUGCGUGGUCUUCCAUUAAAUACAUCCGCCCGUGCCACUGGCCGAAAUUGCUUGGCUGUUGUCAAAGGGCUCGCAUAUGUCGAAUGUAGUAGGUAGGUGGAGGGUAGAUGGAAGUAAGUUGAGUCGUCGAGCCAUCCAUGCGCGAUGUGACAGCCCAUGUCUCU